UUAUAGAAAAGGAGGAGUAGAGUAUCGCAAGUCAACGACCCAUUCGUAACGUUAUCCCGUUGAUAAUUAUGUCGUGUUAAUAAUCUGAGGAAAUAUAUUAUUCGUCGUUGUGAAUAUAAUAUUCAAAAUUGAGAUAGUUGAUUUACAAGUUACGUAGAAUAAUUUGUAGGUUACCAUUCACGUCGUUGUUAGUUACGUAAAGAGAAAAAGUCGGUUGCUGUUCCCUGCCAGUUUUUCCAGACUAUUCCGUCAUUCCGGCCUUGGCUUAUUUCCUCUUUGGAACCGCACAGAAAUGCAACUAGAAGAUACAUCUGAUUCAAAGAAAGAUGAUUCCUUUAUAUGUGGUGUUGUAGAAGGCUUUUAUGGGCGGCCAUGGACUCUGGACCAGCGCAAAGAUCUGUUUGUCAAAUUGCAAGAAUGGGGAAUGAACUCUUAUUUGUAUGCUCCCAAAGAUGACUACAAACAUAGGGCUUAUUGGCGAGAGCUGUACUCUGUGGAGGAGGCAGAGCAUCUAACCACACUCAUUAGUGCUUCCAAAGAAUGCAACAUUACUUUCAUUUACGCACUCUCCCCCGGUCUGGAUAUUACAUAUUCUUCCCCCAAGGAAAUGGUGAUCUUAAAGAGAAAACUUGACCAGGUUGCUCAGUUUGGCUGCACGGCAUUUGCUUUGCUCUUUGACGAUAUCGAAGCAGAAAUGACUGAAUCGGAUAAGGAAGCAUUCCAGUCAUUUGCCCAGGCACAAGUGUCCGUAACCAAUGAGAUUUACGAGUAUUUAAAUCAGCCCAAGGAAUUUCUUUUCUGUCCGACCCAGUAUUGCGCAUCAAGAGCAGUGCCCGAUGUCCCCAACUCAGAAUACCUCAAUACUGUCGGAUCGAAGCUAGCUCCUGGAAUCGACGUGAUGUGGACCGGCCCCAAAGUGAUAUCGAGACUGAUCACACCGGCAUCCAUCGACGAGUUAGCAGAAGUUCUUCGCCGCAAACCAGUGAUAUGGGACAACCUCCAUGCCAACGAUUACGAUCAAAAGCGUUUGUUCCUCGGUCCUUAUUCUGGCCGACCCUCCACCUUGCUGACGAAACUGAAGGGAGUCCUGACCAACCCCAAUUGCGAGUACGGUGCCAAUUUCAUCGCCAUCCAUACGGUCGCCCAGUGGAGUAAGUGCAGCAUCGAGAAUCUGGACGAAAACCAGGGCAACGAUGCCGUCAGCGCCGUUUCUGCCGACAUCAAACUGGAACAGGAAAGCCGAAGUGGUCGUAGCGACGACGAGGAUCCCUCCCUACCCAUGCUCCUAUACCACCCGCGAUUGGCGCUCAAGAAAUCUUUACAAUUGUGGCUCCCCGAGUUCAAGCGAACCAAGUCCAUGUGGGGACCCAUCAGCAAGCCCCACGUAAAUAAUGUACCGCCCGUCACAUUCAGCUCAUCCGGUCAAUCCGCAGUUGCCUGUAGCAGCACCAGUAGCCUCGAGGAAGGUGGCACGUCUCCAGGUUCAGCCCCCAUGCCCACAGCCGAUCACAGCAGUUCGGAGGAUGCCAAUGAACUCGCUAGUGAUGCCACUCUGACGCCCUGCCUCGUGGAUGGCACGGAGAGCGCCGAAAGUGCCAGUAUGGUCAGUUUGGACCGAGUAGCCGAAUGCCUAGAGCCGAUGGAAACGGUCGAAAGCGCGUCAAGUGCCUCAUCCCAAGCCAAGAAUCUGGAUGUGGAGGACGUGGACGAUAAUGACAUCAAAGAGUCGCCGUUGAAAGAGGAAAUGCCCGGCGCUCCCGAUCACGAAGAAGGCGACAUUGUCAUGGAGAGCGAGAGGAAGGAAGAGGAGGAGGACUACCUACUCGGCGUCGACGACCUUUGCCUCCUCUGUGAUUUAUUUUACCUGCCGUUCGAGCACGGGCCGCAGGGAAUGCAGCUGCUCCAAGAGUUCAGCUGGUUGAAAUUGAAUGCUCACUUGGUCGCCAGCAAUCCGUCCAAACCGACUGCAGCCGGCUCCCCCGAGGUCAAGGAGUGGCACCACCGCGCCGAGAAGUUCGACGCCAUGUCACGUGCCCUGAACAGAUUGUUUACACGUCUGACGUACAUCAAUAACCGAGAGUUGCUGUACGAGCUCUACCCGUACGUCUGGGACAUGCGAGGAGUCGUGGCUUUGUUGAAUUCCUACGUCAAAUGGCUGGCAUUUAAUCAAGGAUCGAAGCAGGGAUUUCUAACUGGAGAACAAGAACCGUGGGUCUUUCGUGGAGGCUUGGCUGCAGAUUUACAGUGUAAAGAGAGCCAUGGCAUGUUUGUGAGACAAAACUGCUGUAUUCCGUUAGAUGAAGGGCCAGACGAUAAUGUGCCAGCCUCUAGAUCAGUGUCACCACCAGUACCUGAAACCCCAGCUGUAUCAGAAGACAAGUUAAAAGUGAAGAGCAGGCUACCCAUACUGGCUACCCCUAAAACACCUUCAUUACAACUUAGUUCGCUUCAGCAGCAAACCGCUACCCCACUUUCUUCACGCACGGACCCUCCGCCCAAAAAUGCCGAGGAUUCCGUGCCUGCUACUCCUAAGGGAGAUUUGGCCGGAAAGCGGGGAAUUCCGAGUGGACAGUUUGUCGAAACUGGUUUUGUUGAGACCUUAAAAACUCAGUUUACUCCUGGACAGGCUCUCUCACCUUCUCUCUCAAUGGCUAUUGAGGAACGAGUGUCGGGAAUGCAAUUGUCGCAAGAAAACGAGAAUCUCAAAGCCGAGAUCCGCGAUCUCAAUGAAAAACUGGAAACAUUGAAAAUUAGGCGAAAUCAAGACAAGGAAAAGCUCAAAGAGGCUGAUAAGAUGCGACUGCAAUUGGAUCAGCUUCUUGAAUUCAAACGAGCAAUCCUGGAAUCUCAGUCACAACUGCAGAAGGAGCUGCAGAGAGUCAAGCAAGAAGCCAAAGAUGCUCUAAUUGAUCAGCAGUCUAAAAAUCAUGACAACGACGAGUAUCAGGAAAUGUUGGAAAUGGCGACGUUGGAUAAGGAGAUGGCGGAAGAAAAGGCUGAAAGUCUCCAAUUGGAGCUUGAACAAGCUAAGCAAAAGAUUGAAGAAUUGACUUUGGACUUUGAACUACUAAAGGCUGAAAUGAGCGAAAAAGGUGUUGAGGGUGCUGGCUCUAGUCUCGAAAUGAAACAGUUGGAACAGCAAAACGUCCGGAUGAAGGAAACUUUAGUCAAAAUGAGAGAUUUGGCUGCUCAUGAGAAGCAUCAACACCAGCGCGUGUUGAAAGAGAUGGAAGACAAACUGAGCGAGCUGAACGAUCUGAAAAAAGCCAAACAGUCUCUCAGUGCUCAAGUUGAGGAGCAGCGAGCUAUGGUAACGGAAUUGCAGGAGCAAGUCGAUGCGGCGUUGGGUGCCGAAGAAAUGGUAGAGCAGUUAACGGACCGCAACUUGGCUCUCGAAGAGAAGAUUGGCGAGCUCCAGGACGCAGUGGCCGAUUUGGAACAGCUACACGACAUGAAUGAAGAACUUCAGGAGACUGCUCGAGAAACCGAACUCGAACUUCGAGAGGAAUUGGAUCUGUCGCGAACAAAGAUCCAAGAGAUGAUCAAAGAGCGCGAUGCUAUCCACGAAAUGGUGGCGGACCGGAACGGAACCAUUGAAAAAUUCCGGGAAGUGGUACAGAAGAUGCAAGAGUCUAAUUAUCAACUCAGAGAAGCGCUGCAGCGGGAGACCAACAAGCCGGUGGGGGCACCUCCCGAGGUCAUUGAUUACCAAAAGAUGUUUACCGAAACCAAAACUUUCACAAAGACGAUCGAUCUGGAGCUGCGCAAGCUCGACGUUCAGCAGGCUUUACAACACGUGUCUUAUCUCUGCACGUACAUGCCAGACUCAUUCAUGGCCCGUGGAGGGGACUAUCACAGCGUGCAGCAACUUCUCUUGAUGUCUAGACUGCUCUUCAAAUGCGACAUGCUUGCCGCUCAAGUGAAAGAGAAGUUUCCCGGCUCGGCUGGGGAUUUGUCAAACACUCUCAAAUCCCCUGCGGCUGACCAGUGCAUCUUUGGAGCUAGGAUGCUUCAUUGGCUCUUUUCACUCCAGGGAGUCGUUCGCCAGUUCUCGUACGCGCUGAACAGCUGUUCUCCGCAGCAGUUUCUCGAGAUGGGCACGCUUCAUCAGGAGAUGCUGCAACAAGAGAAAGCCAUCGAUUUUUACGUGGAACUCUUGCGUAAAGAUCAGCUGGAUGAAAAUGUCCAGUUGGAUGCAUUGGAGAAGGUGGUCAAUUAUUUCAACAGCAUCUACGCCGUCCAGUUCAGCUCGGUCGUUAACGGUGCCGCUUUACUGACCGACCAUGGCAAAGUCCUGCUCGCCUCCUGCUGCGGAUUGACAGCUCUGGGCACCCGCGUUCAGGCAAUGAUGCAGAGUGGACAUGAAGGCAGCGACGUGGCGAAAUCCAUCAAGGAAGUUCUUAGUCAAGCAAACCAAUGGCAGCAAUACGCCCGUACGAUUAAGCGACGGUUGCCUGCUGAUGGGUCGACCGGUCCUAUCAAUCUUCCUGUGGAAACCUCGCCCAAGCUGAUUCAAUGUACCGGUCAUUUGACCAGAUUGCUCAAAACUAUGUUGGCGUGGUGCCGCAUGGUCUCUCAACAACUUUCCGUCAGCAGCGAGCCGGAUGCUGGCGUGGCUAUUGCCAAAAUGCGAGAACUGGCUCACGCAGCUGCUGACCAAGUUUACAUAGACGAUUACACCAGUGAUAAUGGAUUUUUCGACAGCCUCCACGGGUCCCUGUCGUUUGUCAACACUACAUUUUCCAAUGUUUCCACUUCUUUGGUGGAUGGCCAUUAUGAUUUUGAUGGAACUCCUCAAGUCGAGGCUCCGAAGGCACCGGUGGGCUUGCGAGCUCAAACCCUGAAGGCCGAGAUCCGAGACUUGGAAAAUUUGCGACACAAGUUGGAAGAACGCGAAUCAUUGAUCAAGGAUAUGAAUGUAAUGUUGAGAAACAAGCAAGAAGAGCUGAGCGAGAUGAACGUGCGUAAAGAGAUGGCGGAAAAGAAACUUUCUAAUCUCGCUCGAGACAAUGACGUUGCAUCAGAGAAGUUGACGCGCAAAUUGGAAGACAACAUACUGUUGCUGAAGCGCAAGGAGAAAGAGUUUAAUGAAACUCUGGAACACUUGCAACAAGACGUAGAGACGCUGGAGAAAGAAAAGGCCGAUUUGAAAGAGAAGUUGAUGCAUAGCUCCAAAAAGGUUUUGCUUGAAGGCUUGACGAAAUCGGCGGCUGGGCCGGCUCCUUUUGCCUUUGCCAUGCACGCACCGGCGCACGCUGCUCCUGUGGUAACUGAAACCCCGUCUUCCGCCUCCUCGACUGUCCACGAUUCACCGCUCCUGCUAAAGAAAAUCACUCACCUGCGUGAAGCGCUACGCCAGUCCGAAAUGGAAAAGGCCCGUUUAAUCGGCGACGAUUUGCGUAAGAAAUUCGAAGCCAUGCCUCCUCUGCGGCUACCCAAGAAGAACAUUCCCGUUUCAGAGGAUACGGUGGAUUUGAAUCGUUUAAUCAAACAAGCUGCCGAGCUUAAAAUGAAUAUUUUGAGAACUCAUACUCAAUGCAAAUUCAUUGAUCCCACUGUUGCUAAAUUCCACCAGCAAUCCAACAACGUUUCUACGCAGCUAGCUAUGCAGCGAAUGCAAAUGGAACGUGAUGUCAUUAAACUUCAGGCUGCCGUUACCCGUUUGGCAGCGUCUCGUAAACCUGGAGCUGAGAUCCGAACGACCACUACCACCUUCCCUAUUCCUGAGCUGAGCAAAGCUAUGAAUGAAUCGGCUCCAGUAACGUUGGGGCAACUGUCGUUACCCUUGAAGAAGAAUGCGGGAGAAAACCAUCCUUUACCUCUCGUGCUGGACUUGAAAGAAAUGCGUCACUUGCACCAGAUGGUUUUGACGAUGGUGUAAAAAAAAAAAACGAGGCCUUUUGUUUUCUCCUUCCCGCUUGUACUCUGAAAACUCUUUUGUCGCACGCUUCCUAACUUUUCGAAUUUUAGGGCUUUUUCUCGUCACUCCCGUGGGUCAGCUUUACAUUUUCUUUUACAGAAUGCUAUCAAGUAUUUAUCGUAUAUUCAUCAUGAUUGUAAUCAUCAAAAGCUGUAUUUUCAAUCUGUGUUGAAGGUUGAAUGAAGUUUAUCUAUUAGAAA